AUGCAGCUCUCCAAGUCUUUCAUGCUCCUUGCAGCCCUCGCCACGAGCACCCUCGCCCGCCCAACCACUCUCGAGCGCCGUCAGGCAACUGGAACCUCCGGCGGCGAUUGGACUUCCACCCCCUCCAGCGGCAGCUACUCGACCUCUGGCUUCGGUAGCUCAACCGCCUCCUCCGGCAGCGGCGUGACCUACGCCGGAAACGUUGGCAACCCCUACGGCAGCAACAUCAUCCAAGUGUCAUCCUCGGACGCCAGCCAGUACAAGUACGUGGCGCAAUUCCAGGGCUCCAACACCGAAGACUGGACUGUCGCCAUCUUCAACAAGAUCGGGCCGGAUGGCCAGAUGACCGGCUGGUACGGCAACGCCUGCCAGACCUUCACUCUCGCCCCCGGUGAGACAAAGUACGUUGCCUUCGAUGACGACUCGCAGGGUGGCUGGGCUGCCGCAUCUGGUACCACUAUCCCCACCGACGGUGCCGGUGGCUACGCCUCCACCUGGGGUGAGUUCGACUUUGGUUCUACUGCCAACAACGACUGGUCUGGCUUUGAUGUUUCCGCUAUUGCGGCUCAGAACGCUGGUCUCACCGUUAAUGGCAUGAAGAUCUGUGAUGUGCUCGGUGGCACCUGCUCUUCUAUUUCUCCCAAUGCUGCUGUCGUUGACAAUGCUUAUACCUCUGCCGAGACUAACGUCGGUGGUAUUGGUGGUAACAUCUCUGGCGGCGCUGUUCGGUUGGCUGUUACUAUUGACUACAGCGGCUAA